AUGCGGGAGGGUGGAUGGGCUCCAUGUGCCUGCUCCAUGCCUCGCUCACCGAGUCGCUACUGGGCAGAUAUUUCUGACACCGUCAUCUCGGGGACAUUCCGGCAAUGGAAGGAGGGGACCACCAGAAGUGAGAUCUACUAUCCAGGUGACACCAUCGUGCACCAGGCGGGAGAGGCCACGUCAGUGCAGUGGAGUGCAGGCACCUGGAUGGUGGAGUACGGCCGGGGCUUCAUCCCCUCCACACUCGCCUUCGCCCUGGCUGACACCCUCUUCAGCACUCAGGACUUCGUCACCCUCUUCUACACCCUGCGUGUCUACGCAAAGGGCCUGCUCCUGGAAGCAAAUGCCUUCUUCAGCACCUUUGGGUGCUGAGCCCGUCUCACCAGGGCACCCUGCUGAGCCCAGUUGGCUCCUUUCCUCCCAGUCGUUUCCUCUUCCUCCCCAAGCCCAGGUUCUAGCAGAGGCAGCAGGAGAUCCCCUGUGCCUUCCCCAAAUUGUUCUGUCCUUUCCCCGCAGGCCAACAGGGUGCCAGGACAGAGGGACCUUGGCAGUCACAGCAACACAGAACGUCAGUUCUCUUUACUGCCUGCCCGUUCCUCCUUUCUAUCGGAGUCACGUCCUGCUUUUCCAUCCUUCGGGGCUGGAGUGGCCUUGCAGUGUACAAACACCCCUGUGUGCCCUCAGCAUGCAGCGGGAGAGAAGCUGGAGCUGGCUGUCCCCGGGCCCUGAAAGAUUUCCUCAGCUCCUGAGACGUCAGGGGAGUGAUGCUGCCCUCGGGGCAGGGUGCACAGGGUAGACCAGACCAGAGCACCCGUUGCAGAGGUCGGCCACUCAGUCCCCCAUGUCUCUGGCAGCCUGCCGGGACUGCGGGCAGCGCAAAGUGCUGUGUCCAGCUGGCAGCGUCUCCCGUGGCUCCAUCCCUGCUGAUGUGGGUUGGCAGCACACACUGUCACCCUGGCACAGGGCAGGAUCUGUGCUGAGACCCCCUGGCAGUGGGGAGAUGCCCAGCUUCUGUGCUGGAGAGCCCCCUGCUCCCCUGUGUGUCAUCUGCCCUGAGGGGGGCUGGAAGAGGGUCACUUCCCCAUAGUCCUCUCCAGGCAAUGCCCCCCAAGGGGGAAACCCACCGUCUGUCGCCUUAAUGGAGACCCCGUUCUGCGUGGCCUCUUGGCUAUGCAGGCACCUAGUGUUCUCGAGUGCCCAAAUGUCUGUACUAGCUCAGGAUGGGAUCUCGCCCCUCAAAACGCUUCCCCUGGCUGUGAGACCCCCCUGGGGACAGCCACUCUGCUCGGCUCCCGGCAUGGGAUCCCGGCUGCCAGGAGAGUGCUGUAAUCUCCAACCAAACCCAGAUGUGCACCCUGCUUGCACCCCUGUGGUCAGACCCGUGUGAGCUCACUGCUUAGUGGAGGGCUUUCACCUCCAUUCUGCUGCCAAACACACGAGUGUGUUCUGGCCACCCAGGCCUGUAGCAUGUUGAUUCUCCUGCUCCCCACACUGUCCCUGUUCUGCUGACCAGCAGCCCUGCACACGGGCUAGUUCUUAAUUUGCUACCUGAAAAGAGAUACCAGUAAUAAAGUUGUUCAUCCCACAUA